GGUUACCGUGCACCAGUCUACGACGAGACUCUGUGCGGUCGAUAUCGGAGCUGCUUAUGCACUCAUCGGAAUUUCGAUAUAUCAUCUCUAAAAGGACUCGAGAGAGUAGUGUGUUGCACGACAUUAUACAAAACAGAAUAGAAAAUUCUAUCUCUACAAUACGUAAUUAUACACACACGCAUUAACGGCAUAUUAAUCAUUUAUCGAAUAAACAAUAUAUUAUUUAUAAUUUAUUACAUUUAUUAGACUUUGUGUAUUUUAUUAAAUUUGCAUUAUAAACGUGUGUGUGUGUGUGUGUGUGCGCGCACCUGUGAAAUUAGCAAUCGCGUUGUUCACGUAAACAACAAAAAAACUCUUUAGAAAAAUAAUAACAUUAUUUCGAGAGAAAUGUAUUAUUACACGUAUAUACGGAAUUAAAAUUAUAGAAAUUCGUAAAGGUCAGUGUUUGUCGAAUUACGUUUUUCUGCGUUUAUUUUUUUUUUUUGUUGAUGUUGCUUGCCAUCCUAUUGUCUAGGAUAGUCUGAGGAAGAAAUCGAAGAGGAACUUGUAUUUUCCUUGUUACAACGCUAAAGGCCAAGGCUACUGUUGCUGCUUCUGCUUCUGUUAGUGGUGGUAGUGGUAUUAGUGGUGGUACUGGUGGUUCGGCUUUUGCUAAGAAGCUGUUUCAAGUGGGGAAGUGAGAGUGAGAGAGAGAAAGAAAGAAAGAAAGAAAAAAAAAAAAAAGAAAAGGAAGCAACAACCGUGACGAUAAAAAAAACAACAACUUGUUAUUCCAUGCGGGCCUGUAACCAUAAAAAGGACAUACUCAUCGUCUAAUUGAUAUAGAAAAAGUAAGAAAGAGAGAAAGAGAGAGAUAAAAAUAGAGAAAGAGGGAAAAAAGUGAGAGACAAUUUGAGCAACGAAGGUGAUGCUCCAAGUGAGCGGAUAUAACGAGCCCUGGGUGGCCCUUUCUUCUUCUUCUUCUUCUUCUUCUUCUACUUCCUCUUACUCUUCCUUCUCUACUUUCUUCUUUUCUUCUUCUUCUUCUAUCCCUUUACCUGUUAUCUCGGAACAUUGUCGAAUAAAAACUCUAAUUAUCGUCGUUGGAUCGUCUAAUCUAAACGAAGAAGGAAAAGGAAUAAUAUUAACGUCAUCAUUAACGUCAUCGAGAAAAAAGAAAAGAACGAAAAAGAGGUUAGGUUCGAAUAGUGGCAGAAGGGAAAGGGAAGAUAGAAGAAGAGAAGAAGAAGAAAAAGUAUCAAGAAGAAGGAAAAAGAAAAAGAGUGUCAUGUCAAAAAUGGCGUUCUUCUUGUCGUAGGCGUUCUCGAGAAAAUAGAAAAAGAAAAUAACGAAAAAGUGUUCGAUUAGUAGCAGAAGGAAAAGGGAAAGGUAAAUUAAGAAAAUAAGCGGCAGGUUAAAAAAUGGCGCUCGUGUCGUAGGCGCCAUUGAGAAAAAAGAAAAUAACGAAGAAGAGGUUAGGUUCGAAUAGUGUUAGAAAGGAAAGAAAAGGUAAAAUUAGAAAAGAAGAAAAAGAAAAAGAAGAAGAAGAAGUUAAGAUUAAAUAGUGGCAGAAGGGAAAGAAAAGGUAGAAUAAGAAGAAAAAGUAUCAAGAAGAAAAUAACCGCCAGGUUAAAAAAUGGCGCUCUUGUCGUAGGCGCCAUUGUGAAACAAGAAAAUAAGUAAAAAGAGGUUAGGAUUGAAUACUGGUAGAAAGGAAAGAGAAGGUAGAAGAAGAAGAAGAAAUUGAAAAAGUAUUAAGAAGAAGAAAGAAAAAAAAAAAGAAUAAGAAAAAGAAGAAGAAGAAGAAGAAGAGCGCCAGGUCAAAAAUGGCGCUCUUGUCAUAGGUGGCGAUAGGAGGGAGUUAUGGUGGCUCGCACAUGCAAUGACUGUGGCCACAGCAGCCGUGGCAGUGUGGCAUCGUGCCAACCUCUACAAGGCAAUGGCUUGUGUCGUCCUAGCGCUCAUUGCCGUUCAGUAUCUUCUCAGUGGGGUACUGGAUCGUCGAUCAAUCGAGACUAUUUUCACCAUUAACGCUACGAGGUAUGCCGAUCGAACGUAUAGAAAUCAUCCUCGUGGAUUAAUAAUAUACGGUCCAGCUACCGUGUCAAAUAUUUUCGGAAACAAUAACAACAUCAGUAACAAUGAUAUAUCUUCGAAAAUAUUCGAAUCAAUUGGCAAAGGGAAUACCAAUGGAAGUGUUCUCACGAAUGGUACCAAAACUGAGACUGCUGUCAUUGCUGAUGCUGAUGCCGCUGCUGCUGUUGCUGGAGUAUUUCCGACGAACAACAACAACGUCGUCAUUGGUUUGCCUUCUGGAAGGCCUCAAUAUGCUUCGAAUGCCACGAAUAACGCGAUGAUGCAACAAUGUCCAUUGGUUGCACCGAAUCUCGUUGGUCCAGUUGCCGUUAGUAAAACUCCACCAGAGAUGUCAAUCAUGGAAAAAACAUUUACCGAGGUGAAUCCUGGUGGUAAAGGAUGUCCGAAAACUUGUAUAGCUAGACAUCGAGUUGCCAUAAUCAUUCCUUUCCGUGAUAGACCGCAGCAUCUUCAAACAUUAUUAUUCAACAUUCAUCCGAUUCUCUUGCGUCAACAAAUCGAUUAUCAAAUCUUUGUGGUUGAACAAGAAGGCACCGGAGCGUUUAAUCGUGCGAUGCUGAUGAACGUUGGUUACGUCGAAGCAUUGAAGGAAAAAACUUUCGAUUGCUUCAUUUUCCACGACGUUGAUUUACUUCCGGAAGACGAUAGAAAUUUGUACACCUGUCCGGAACAACCAAGGCACAUGUCAGUCGCCGUUGAUAAAUUCCGAUACAAACUCCCAUACGCCGAUCUUUUCGGUGGUGUUUCUGCUAUGUCUCGAGAACAUUUCAAGCUGGUGAACGGAUUCAGCAACGUCUUCUGGGGUUGGGGUGGCGAGGACGACGACAUGGCUAAUCGUAUAAAAGCUCAUGGUUUGCAUAUCUCACGUUAUCCUGCAAACGUAGCUCGUUACAAGAUGCUAACACACAAAAAGGAAAAGGCUAAUCCAAAGAGGUACGAGUUCCUGAGAUCGGGGAAGAAAAGAUUCGCUACUGAUGGUCUUAGCAAUCUACAAUACGAGCUGAUCGAUAAACAAAAGCCAAAAUUGUAUACGUGGCUUUUAGUACGACUUACACCACCUCAGCCUAGCUGAUGGCUACCAUGGAUCGGUUGAAUUAUUCGGGAAGUUCCUUAUUAAAUAGGUUUCCAAGGGACAGAAAGAAAAAAAACACACACACACACACACCACUCACGCGUAGUCCAGUUUAUUUUUUUUUUAAUUAUUUUUUUUUUUUUUUUCAAGAACGUUCGAUACUCAAAACUCAAAAUCUUCGAUAAAAUAAACAUCAGUCGAACGAAAUAUAUAUAUAACGAAUUUGUGUAUGUGUGUGUGUGUGUGUGUGU